GUUUGUUUAAAUUUAUAUCAGAAACCAAAACAAAUUACUUUAUUCGUUAAAUUUUUUUUGAAAAUCCUGUAAUUUACUUAUAAAAUCAUGUUUUUAAUCACAAUUCAACAUUUCUGUAAUUUUAUCUAUACACUAGUUUGACAGUGACUGAUAUUAAGUUUAUUAACUGCAUCAAUCACGCCUGUAGUUGUAUUACUCCGAUUGUUACAGUCACCGUAACCAUUUCGGAGUCUGAAUACUUUUUUUGGUCUCUUCUUCAUCUUUGCUCUAUUAAAGGAUCUAGAAACCACUCCACAAUGAUGAGAUAGAGAGAGAGAGAGAGAGAGAGAGAUCUCAAAAUUACCAAACCCAAUUCACCCCAAUAAUUUACAAAAAAAAAAAAAAAAAAUCUUCGAAAAGUCUAGACAGAGAAAUCAAUCAAACAUCUCGGAGGACGGGAGGAGAUGGAUCUAGAUGAUUGGGAAUUACUCCCCCUAAACAGCUACAAGGGUCUCGAUCACGACGACGAUCAUGAGGCAGCGAUGAAGAUGAUCAGAAACACCGGGAAAAACUUCGACAUGGAUUACUUUAUCUGUCCAACACAAGAUUCUGUCGGAAAUACAGAGUUUUGUCGAAGAUCAAGCGUGGUCCCCACACAGCUCCUCCAAGUUCCCAUAACUUGGGAACCUGUAUCCACCGUGGACGACACAGAUCACAGGAAGAACCCGGAUCCGGAUUUCUCGGAUCCGGACGGGGAACUUUUGACGGAGCCUGUUCCGUCGCCGAGAAUAACCUUCAAAACAAUGAAGGAAAACGAAUUUGUCGACAUGAAAGUAGAUAUACCAGCGAGGUUCACGAGUCCUCUGCCUCAGAACAAUGAUAAACACUCCGACUCAGAUGGAGGAUUAGGAGGAGAUUACUAUGAUGAGGUCGAAGAAGGUGGUGGCUUGAGGAGCAAGAAAGGGGUUGACUGGGAACAAGUUGAUCAGAACAUAGGUGGUGAAAGAAUGAAUCUUUGGAAGAUGGGUCUUAAUGGAAUUGGGGCUAUAUGUUCAUUUGGCGUUGCAGCUGCUGCUGCUACCAUCUGUGUCUUCUUCCUUGGACACAACAAUAACAUCAAGGGUUGUCGGAACAAGAACCAGAUCCUCAGGUUCCAGAUUUACCCUGAUGAUGAUAAGCGAAUGAAGGAAGUAGUGAAGCAUGCAACAAAGCUAAAUGAAGUAAUUUCUGUGAUGAAAGGUCUCCCAGUGGCAAGAGCUCAGAUAUCAUUUGGAGGAUACUACGAUGGACUUUGAAUCCAUAUUUAGCCAUCCUUUUUAGAAUUAUCGAGUCAAUACAUCUCUACUGCUUACAACGGGCUCUAUAUAUAAGCUCAUAUAUGUGUAUUACGAAUUUAGGAAAAUUUAAUAAAUGAUGUUUGUAAUUUUUUACAUAUUAUUUGUCCGAAUGCACAUCGAGUUAUAUGAAUGAGAAUGAUGAUAUAUAUACUUCCACUUAUUGAGUUGGC